UCUUGCACUUUCUGAUCUUGUGCAGAAAAAAGGAUCACUUCUCUCGGGUCUUGACGCAUGUUAAGAUGUUUCUUAGUUACCUAUUAUUUUAUUUCUUCUCCCCUCGGCCAUCGACGUUCAGCAGUGAGGUAGUUCUCACGAAGCCUCACUUCUCACCCACAGUGCCAUUUUCCCAAAAGCAGUACCCACGCCCAGGGGGCCUCAAUGCCGCCCAUGCCCGAAUCUUGCCACCGCGCUGGAUUUUCCAGCUAGCGCACCAAGUUAGCGAGUUAGCUGAGCAAGACCUCCGAUCCAUGGGCGGUUGUCGACCAGGUAUUGGAUCUUAGCGGCUGCCGGGGGCUGUAGGGCCGGCAGGGAUAGGAACGAGCGACAACGCGACUCCUCGGGACAUCCGUUCCCACAAUCGAAACUGCGAAUUACAUAAUCACGACACACCAAUCACGGUCUGGCAGUGCUUCCUGUCACAGGAAUCUCAGCAGCUUUGGCGGUC